AUGAAUCCCUAUGUUCAGGAAUAUAUGAAUAUUACUUCUGGUCAAACAACUUGGUUUUCCUCAACAAUCCUAGCCUUUCAAGCCAUUUUUAUGCCUCUUGGAGGACUUAUUGCUUCAAGAAUUAACUAUAGAUGGGUUUUACUUGCUGGAUUACUUUUUAGCUCAGGUGGCAUUUUGUUGACAAGUUUGACUGUCAAAUACGGUAUUGGUCCGUACAUUGCAUCCUAUUGUGCUUGCUUCGGUAUUGGUAUGGGUCUUCCUUAUUCACUCAUCUUUUCAAUUGCAUCAUCGUGGUUUCCUGACAGUCGAGCAACAGUUGUUGGUAUUGUUGCGGCAGGGUUCGGACUCGGAGCUUUGGUUUUCACACCAAUCCAAACACGUUUAAUUUAUCCUAAAAAUUUGGAUAAAAUUCCUAAAGCAUUUUUGAUUCUUGGAGGCAUCGUUUUGGGACUGGAAAUAGUUGCAAUGGUUCUUCUUAGGGAGAAACCUCAGGAUAAAAAUGUUGAACUUCUAAGCGCAAAUGAUGGAGAUACGUCAGUGGAACAGGUUAGGAGUGAAAAGGACGAGAGAAGCGCUAAAAAUGGACCCAAAAGCUAUACAAUCAUGCAAGCCCUAAGAUCAAUCGAUUUCUACAUCCUCUGGUUCAUAGUUUUCUUGGAUAUCAUUCCUGUUGUGCUUCUAACAUCUACGUACAAGAUAUUUGGCUUCGAUCUUAAUUUCCCAGAUGAGUUCUUAUCGCCGAUAGCUACCACUAGUGCAGCAUUUAAUUGUCUUGGUCGAGUGUUCUGGGGUUUCAUGGUGGACAAAUUCUCCUCAAAAUGUCCAAUGAUGACUUUCCUGUCCAUUUGGGCUGCUGUUUUCAUUACCUUUCCUUUUGUUGGAGCCGGAUCAAAAGCGUCUGGACAGCCUCUGUAUGCCAUCUGGGUCUUUCUUCUCUUCUUUGCCCUCUCUGCUCAUUUCGUCGUUGUACCAGCUACAUGCAAUCGUAUUUUUGGUCCCCAAAAUAUGGCAACUAUCUAUGGAAUCAUAUACUUCGCUACUACACCCAGUGCACUGGCUACCGCAGCAAUUGUCUCAUCGUUCAAACUAAAGGGUCAUUGGGUCGAGGUCUACACGUCUUGUGGCGUUGUUUGUAUUGUCGGCAAGUUCAUUGAUCACUGUGAUUCAUGCAGUCACGUUUAUUUUAACUCUCUGGGUUUUUUUCACUUUCUUGCAGCUCUAACCUUGUCACUCUUCUUGCGUGACAAAGACGCCAAGUGUGUUGGAUGUACCAAUAGCAUCUGUGCCAGUGCUUGCAAUUCCUGUCGAAAGGGUCUAGAUGCAGAAAGUCGGCGUGAUGUUGUAGACUCCGAAGAUGCCUCAGCAGCACCGUGGACUAAUUGA